UGGUGACGCUCGCGUGGACGUCCGCGUCGUUGAUCGGUAGACGGUAGACGGUUGACGCCGGUUCUGUGCGUAUUGCGUGCUCAAACAUAAUACCUAUGAGAAUUUCGAGAAUCAUUCGCAAAUUAAUUGGACUUAGAGACGUUGUGAAAAAGACUGUGUUGGUGCUUAAAAUGGAUUUGUCGUGUGGAGAGAAUUUGCCGAACUCUGGUAAUAACAGCGCCAACAGUGGAAGAACCGACAUGUGGGUGGCGGCGCCCGACCCGGCCCUGGAGAGAGACCCCCGCCUGCUGCCUAACCUGCUGCAACUGGAACGGGUUCACGCCCUGCAUUCGGAUUACUUCGAGCACGUACAAAUUGAUAUCCAGCCGUUCAUGCGCAAGGUGGUGAUGACCUGGAUGUUGGAGGUGUGUGAGGAGCAGCAGUGCGAGGAGCAGGUGUUCCCGCUGGCCGUGAGUUACGUGGACCGGUUCCUGGCGCAGUGCUCCAUCUCGCGGCAGCAGCUGCAACUCCUGGCUGUCACAGCGCUGCUCAUCGCCUCCAAGUUCCGUCAGUGUCACCCGCUCUGCAUCGACCUACUCUGUGCCUACACCGACAACUCCGUACAUCCCAAUGAAGUCAGGCAAUGGGAAAUGAUGCUGGUGCAACGAAUGAACUGGCAGCUCUCCAUCACGACUGCCUUCGACUUCGUGGAACCCCUGCUGGCCAGGGUUCCCUGGGGGCGCGCCAAUCCACUCAUCCGCACGCACGCCCUGACGCUCACCUCCGUCUGCUACACAGAAACCGAGCUGCUCCUCGUGCCCCCGUCCCUGGUGGCGGUAGCCUGCAUCACUGCGGCCGCCCGAGGUCUCCGCGUCGCCAUGUCCGUCUGCGACCUCUGCGCACUCACCAGGUCUCCGCCCGCCGCUGCCGAGCUGGUCGCUCGACACGUCGAGAGGGUCCUCGCGAGGGAGACCCAGGCUCAAGAACCCCGACCUCGUCACGUGCAGCAGACGAAGCAGACAACAUCGGACCAGACGCAGCUACCUGACACACCGACAGAUGUCCAAGACGUGCGCUUCUGAUUAACACUUGUAUCGCAGGAUCCGGCAGCAGGCGAGGAGGCUGGGCUAUCAUCAGUUUGGCAUUUAUAUGGGAAUACUAGUGAUUUAUAAAAAUUAGCAAAUGUAACAGAAAUAUCCAGGUCUGAUUA